AUGGUUCCGCUGCCGAGCCCAUCACUGACAGAAACGCGCAAACGGUUUCCGGCCCUCGCAGCUUCAGGCCUCAUCGAGGGUGCCCAAAUUGUCAUUCAAUUCAACCUGGGGCCAAAGCAUCGUAGGAUAGUGUGCGCCAAUGUAAGUGGAACGAGUAGCCCAGUCAUUCACACGAAGAGGUGA